AUGUCUGCGGCAAUAUCUGUGCCGCAUCACACGCUCAAGGAGUCGCCCAACUCGCGCGCCAUCGAGAUCGGGGACUGGGUGAUCACCGCACGUACGAACCCGAUCUCAAAUGCGGGCGAGCUCGACUCGCUGCAGGCGAACGUAGGCGGGAUCCCGUUGCCCGAGAUGACUUUCGGGAACAACUCGUUGGAGUUGAAGCAUAACGCGAGUGGCUGGCAAUGUUUGUUCGACACAGAGGAGGCCUUGAAGGGUGUAAAGAAUGGCGAGCUCGCGGAGGGAGAUGGCGGGGUAAAAGUCGGCUAUGCGGAUGCAUGGCUGAAGAGCCGCACAGGACCAUCGUCUGAGUUGCCGAUGCCCAAGACCGUAGCCACAAAACCGUACGACUGGACGUAUACCACCGUAUAUGCGGGCCACCAAAUGUCGUCAAACCCUAUCCUAUGGCAGCUUGCUGAUCUAGACAACCCUUCCCAUACCAUCCCCCUUGCUGAGCUAACGCGGCAAGAUCCCAUUCUGUUCUAUGCGGAGAUACCCCUCUACGAGGACGAGCUCCAUGACAAUGGCUCAUCGCACAUCCUCGUCAGGAUUCGCGUCAUGCCGACGUGCUUCUUCAUUCUCUCACGUUUUACGCUCAGAGUCGAUAAUGUUCUUUUCCGGACAUACGACACGAGAAUAUACCACUCCUUCACCUCAUCGCUUCCACUGGUAGUUCGCGAGACAAGUGGAUGGGAGGCCCCGUACGAUUGGGUGAAGCGUAGGCUGCCUAAGCGGGAAGAUUUGACUCCUCUAACAGAUGCGACCUGGGUCGCCAAGGUGUUAACUGAGAUGCCCUCAGAGGUAUCUCAGCAGGCGGGAGCGGGCACGAAAUGGAGGGGGCUAGGCACAAGAAUGGAGGUCGCUGUAUUGAAGAGACCUGAAGGUGACGCAUAA